CAGUCUGAUCUCUGAGAGCCGCCAUGAAGGAAACAUCUGUCCUGUUCCUGCUCAGUGAGUACAGACUCUGUUCAUCUGCUGCUGGUUCAAUGAGUUAAACACUGAGAGGACGAGCUGAGGGAGUUCUGACCUCAGUGCUGUGCUGCACAAAAACACAAGCUGUUCGUCUGACUCUGAGUCCCAGCAGAUCUCAGUUCUUCAUGAGAGAAUCAGUGACUCUGAUCUGUGAGGAUGAAAACAGAUCUGAUGGAUGGACUGUGAGGAGAAACAUAACCAGAGGAACCAGGAAGAGAUGUGAAGUAUGGGGGAAAUUAAAUGGUUCUACCUGUAACAUGAACUACCUCGUCCCAUAUGAUACUGGUCUGUACUGGUGUGAGUCCAUGUCUGGAUCCUCCAGCAGCAGCAGCAGCAUCCAGCUCUCUGUCUCUGGUGGAUCAGUGAUCCUGCAGAGUCCUGUCCUCCCUGUGAUGGAGGGAGAUGACGUCACUCUGAGCUGCAGAGCAAAGAAUCCAACCCACAACCUCCCAGCUGCUUUCUAUAAAGAUGGCUCCUUCAUUGGUGAUGAAACUACUGGCAACAAGAUUCUCAACUCAGUGAAGAAAUCUGAUGAAGGCCUCUAUAAAUGUAAUGUCAAAGGUCAUGGAGAGUCUCCAUCCAGCAGGAUCUCUGUCAAAGAGAGAAUCUCCUCCACUCCUCCUUCAUCCUCCACUCCUCCUCCUCCUCCUCCUUCAUCUCUUCCCACCAUCUCAGUCGUUGUUUCCAUUUUUAUCUUUCUGGUUUUGCUCUCAUUAAUUCUUCUGGUUCUUCUGGUGAGACGAUGUUUCUGCAGGAAACCUGAAGCUGAAGGAGGAAAAGAUGGAGAAAAGGAAAUUAGAGAUCUGAAAACCUUCAUUAAUCAGCUGCAGCCAAUCAGGAGCAGCAGAGGAACCUCUACAUGCGUCCUCUACUCAGCGCGGAGGACAGACGUCCAUCAGGGACAGAUCGUCUGCAGAGCCACAGCGGCUCCGUCUUCAAUCUGAGGAAAUCUGGUCCAAAUCUUCAGAAAACUGCUGUCCUGCUGCAGCAGCUCCAAGCCUUCAACAUCUGGUCCACAGUUUCUUACUUCUUCCUUUUCCAGCAUGUUAAGAAAACUGUGGUACAAAGAUAUGUGUCUGUUGCAUUCCUCGUUCUUGUGCAUGAUUUUAUAAUACUGUCAUGUUCCAAAUAAAUAAAUAAACAGCAUGAAACCCA